CUGUCAUAUUUAGCUGGUUGAGAACGUUUCUGUUAGUUAUUAAUCACAUAUGCAUUGUUUUGGAGACAUGACACGCUUAGUUGUUGUUUGUCAACAUGUACACGUGUCACAUACCGGCACAUCCAAAAGGGAAACAACUUGGCAUUUAGAUUAAAUGUUAAACGCACCAAGAAUAUUGGGACCUUACGUAGCGUUUGUCUUGCUAAUCUGUCAGAUAUGUCCACUGUGUUCCUUUUCGCAGGGGCUUCUUUCAGUUGUACCGAUCAACAGACUUUCGAAGUUCAUCGAAACUGGUUGGCGAUAACCCAUAGUCUACCAAUCAAAGACUGGUAUUAUGAGAAGACAUCUGAAUGGACCUUGGAUUAUCCCCCCUUGUUUGCCUGGCUGGAGAUGGCGCUGUCCCAAGUGGCCCAGUAUUUUGACAAGAACAUGCUGGUUGUCUCUAACCUGAACUAUGCCAGUGAAGCCACAGUGUUGUUUCAAAAGCUGUCAGUCAUUGGAACUGAUUUCUUCUUUGUCUAUGCAGUGAAUCAGUUUUGUAGGAAAUGUUUGAAGCCUAGUAGAAAAGACGAGACACAGGACUUGUUUGAGAGUCCCAAACUCAUCACAUGUGUUCUGCUGCUGGCCAACUUUGGACUUCUGAUUGUUGAUCACAUACAUUUCCAGUACAAUGGCUUCCUGACUGGUGUUCUGCUCUUGUCUAUUGUACGACUACAUGAGGGCAGAAACAUCUCUAGUGCCUUUUGGUUUACUGUGCUGCUUAACUUGAAGCACAUCUACCUGUAUAUCGCCCCCGCAUACUUUGUCUACCUCCUGCGCUGCUACUGCUUCAGGAGUGCCCCAGACGGGACAAUACAGUGGAGAUCGUUCUCCAUCACCAGACUCUUCAGUCUUGGCCUCACGGUUAUGUCAGUCUUCGGGGUAUCAUUCGGACCUUUCAUAUACAUGGGCCAGUUGCCACAGGUCUUGUCCCGACUGUUCCCAUUCAAGCGAGGACUGUGCCACGCCUACUGGGCACCAAACUUCUGGGCUCUCUACAAUGUGGCUGACAAGGCUGCUACCAUUACAGGUGUGCAGUUGAAGGUAAUCCAGCCAGAUAUGACCGGUGGUCUUGUACAGGAUAUGAUGCCUGCUAUGAUGAAACUGUGGUCCAACCCGCGAGGGACCCUCAGCUUCCUCCGCUGUCUCACACUGUGUGCCUUUGCCUCCUUCAUGUUUGGCUGGCACGUCCAUGAAAAGGCCAUCUUGCUCAUCCUCAUCCCGCUGAUAUUGUUGUCAAUAGAGAGGAAGAAAGAAGCUCAGAUAUUUCUCAUUUUAUCAACCAUUGGGGGAUACUCUUUAUUUCCCCUUCUGUUUACUCAGUUUGAAACACCAAUAAAAAUACUUCUCCUGGCACUUUAUAGCUUUUAUGCUUUUACAAGUCUGGGAAGGAUUCAUGGUAUCCCGGCUCGGCCAACUGCCUUGCCCCUGUUGUCCAACCUGGAGAGCCUUUACCUGCUUGGAAUCAUCCCUCUUGAAAUAUACAACAGUAUUGGGCACCCUGCUCUUGGCCUGUCACAGAGACUCCCAUUCAUCCCCCUGCUAUUGACAUCUGUUUAUUGCGCAAUUGGCGUCACAUACUGCUGGCUCAGAUUUUACUGGCUUACACUUUCUGAUAGGCCCAAAAAACCAAAAAGCAGUUAGUAUGUAUACAAAUGUUAAUAAAUAUUUGUUUUUUGUUUUUUU